AUGAAGGUGGCCGUGCUGGACCUCGGGUCUCUCUUUGCCAAAAUCUUCAAGACAUCGACGGCGUCCCCCGCUGUCCCCUCUCCUGUCGCUCCCUCCAGCCACCCAGGAGGCACGGCAAUCUCAGGGUCCAUGGGGCCGGCGGGCUCGGGCGCGGGCACCUCGCUUAGCACGGGGGUGACCGUGACUCUACUCCCCUCACUGGCUCGGGACUGCUGCGCCCCGCGGGGACCGCACACCCCGCUGCAGCCCCUGGUGGCCGUCUCCAACCCCCGGGCCUCGGCCACGAGCCGCGGGGCAGAAGCAGUAGGGUCCCCCCUCUCCUUGCCUGGCACCCAGACCGCGACCCCGACUCCCGCCCCCACCCCCUCCAGCGGCGGCUGCAGCGCCGCCGGCUCCCCCGGCCACCUGGUGGCCCUGGCGCGGUUGCCCCCCGGUCCUGGCGGGGUCUGGGCAGCGAUGCCAUCUGUUGCCGGCUUCGGGGGCAGCACUGUGUCCGCCAGUCCACGGGUCACUCGCCAGUCCAGCCCUGGAGAGCGAGAGCCCAGCUCUUGGAUGGCCCCGGGACCUGGCCACAAGACCCAACUCUUCAUCCUGCCCAACAUUGGCGAGGAGUGGGCCUCGGCCAGCGACUCAGAGGACGGAGAAAUAAGAGGCCUGUCAGAAGUAUGUAGAAAGCAAAGAUUUCCUGUGAAAAGCAAAGAUCCUUUACCUACGAAUUUUACAAGAAAUGUGCAGAAAGCCAUAGAUAAGUAUACCUGUGAAUCGCCGUCAUCAUUCUCGUCCAGUGGCAGUUGCACACCCACUGGCGCACACAAUUCGUGGUCGGCCUCUUCCACGCAGAGUUCCACCACUGGCUUGUCUACUGAGAGGAGCUCAAUUUACUCUUGGAGAGAUGAUGAAUUUGACAGAGCCAAUGCACAGAAAGUACAGCAGCUAUUUUGUGAGGUUGAGGAGAUGCUAUUUGAAGGGAAAGUAAGCGCUGAGAACCAGAAUCUGCUGGCCGAAUGCAGGGAGUGGGCAAGAAGAUCCCGCCAUCUGAGAGUAUUAGGAAAACAGCUCAUUCCACCAACUGAUGAAGGGUUCCGACAUUUCCAGGGGAGUGUGCCUAUUUCUGCCAGCCUCAAAUCCUCACCUGAUGCCCCUGAACACAGCAGUGAUGUCAGAGGGUUGUGCAUCUCUGGCUCUCAAAUAGUCGCAGCAGCACUGUCAGCCUCUACCCUGCCAGGACCUGAUGGCACAAGGCUUGAUGCAUGUUCAUCCCUGGAAGAAGAGGUCUACAAUGCAGAUGGGAAGAUUGAAGAGUAUUUUGCUUUUGACAGAAAAGAGGAGGGCGAUGAACGUCUUGAACAAAAACCAGCUCAUCAUCUCAGAAAGUGGCAUAAACAUGGUCUUCCUCCCAUUUCUCCUCAUGACUGUAUCAAAGAGGCGGUGGCAGCAGAAGUGUUUGAUCAUGUUUGGACAAAUGUGGUAGAAAUAUUGGAAGACCUUAUUAGGAAAAACUGGGAAAGUUCAAAAACAGAAGGAAAAAAACAGAAAGAGAAAUUGAAAGUAGUUGAAAAUAGAUCUCCACAUGUACUCAUUUCUCGUUUCACCACUGAGGUAUCAAGUGGUCCCCCAUCCACAAGUUCUGAAACUCGCAGCGCGUUCCUGGCUUCUCAUCUUAACCCACCCCAG